GUGUGGGAAAGACGGAGCUGGCCAAAUCUCUCGCGGCAUUCCUGUUCGACAGCGAGGAGGCGUUGGUGCGCAUCGACAUGAGCGAGUACAUGGAGAAGCACUCUGUGUCGCGCCUCAUCGGAGCGCCCCCGGGCUACGUGGGGUACGAGGAGGGCGGGCAGCUCACGGAGGCGGUGCGGCGGCGGCCGUACUCCGUGGUGCUGUUUGACGAGGUGGAGAAGGCGCACGGGGACGUCUUCAACGUCUUCCUGCAGAUUUUGGACGACGGGCGCGUGACGGACAGCCAGGGCCGCACAGUGUCAUUCCGCAACACGGUGAUCAUCAUGACGUCCAACGUGGGCUCGCAGUACAUCCUGCAAGCACUCGACCACCAGACCGCUGACAAGGACGUGCAGUACCAGGUGAUGAAGGAGCGCGUGAUGGAUUCAGCGCGUUCCAUCUUCCGCCCCGAGUUCAUGAACCGCAUCGACGACUUCAUCGUCUUCCAGUCGCUCGACGCCGCUCAGAUCACGCGCAUCGUGCGCCUGCAGCUGGCGCGCGUGCAGCAGCGCCUCAAGGACCGCAAGAUCCGCCUGCAGGUCACCGACGCCGCCGUCGACCACCUGGGCCACCUCGGGUACGACCCGGCGUACGGUGCCCGCCCGGUGAAGCGGGUGAUUCAGCACGAGGUGGAGAAUGAGCUGGCCAAGGGCAUUCUGAGGGGGGAUUUCGGGGAGGAUGAUGUGGUGGUGGUCGAUACAGAGAUUGUGGUGGGGGGUGCCGGUGGGGUGCCGACGACUCGGCUUACGUUUAAGGCGGAGCACGGUGGGGCGUUCAGUGGUGGGGAGAGUGAUGCUGAGGCCAAGGAGCAGGCCAAGAGCUUCGCCGACGAUCCUUGGGGACAUGCCGCUGUGCUGCGAGCUUUUAUCGAGCGCAACGGACGGACAACCACGCAAGCAGUGGAGGAAGGACAGCCGUGUGAGGACAGCGCGAUGGAGCUGUGCGAGUGUGUGCGUGAGGCAGCACGUGACGGGCAGGGCCCGUCGUGGUCGUCGGGACGGCUGCAGCUGGCAUCAGUGGCUGCGGAGGACGUCAUGCUGCACCUGGUGCGGCUGCGGGGACGGGGAGCGCGGAACGGAAAGCCCGAUGAAUGGACGGGACGCGAGGUUGAGGGAGAGGAGAAGGCGGAGAUAGUUGUGUCGGCGAGGGCGUCAGACAUAAGGGAGCUGCACCAUCCGUCUGCUGUGCAGGCCCUCCUGCACCUCGCGCAGAGGGGCCUCGUUACUGUCACCCCCCUCGGCAUUGAUGCACCCCGUGGAGUUACCCACGCGCAACGCAUCACCCGGCCACUUGAGGAGCGCGCCGCUGGCUCUGUGCGCAUUCUGCUGGGCAUCCCCAGCAGGCUCGUCCCGGAGGUGCCGGUGGAGCAGAUGUGCUUGCCUCUGCUCGCCCCUCUGCUGACUGAGUGGCGGAAAUUCAGCCACACGCAUCACAUACGCGCGCUCAUGAGCAGCCUUGCGCCAGAUGCCGCGCUGCACCCCGGGCCUCAUGGAUGUGCAACUGCUUUGCCGUGCUCCUGCCAUGCUGAUGGAGCAUUGUACGGCAACGUGGAUGGCAGCAUGGAUGACGGAUUGCCACGUGGCAGUGGCUUCGAUUUCGACCAACUGUACCGAGCUGUGCGGCCCAGCAGGCACCUUCCGUCCCUUGACUUGAGUCCACCCAACCUGCUACCUCCUCUGAGGCCGUACCAGAGCAGAGCUGUGGCAUGGAUGGUGCAGCGAGAGCGGGGCGAGCAGGGGGGAUGCGGGGAUGGUAGGCAGUGCGAAUGGUGGACGGAAGUGCAGCAUCCCUUGUGGCGGCAAGUGGCAGCAGAGAAAAGCCAUCCUGACGUCACUCUGCACUACAAUCCUAUCCAAGGUACCUUUGUGCGCCUCCCUCGCUCCAGCUGCUGUUCGGCGAGCUCAAGCUUGGUCGGUGCAGGGUCAGUGAGUGGAGUGUGCGGGUGGGUGGGUGCGGUGGCAGGGGCAGUGAGGGGCGGCAUUCUGGCAGAGGAGAUGGGGCUGGGUAAGACCGUUGAGGUGCUUGCCUGCAUCCUCGCCCACCGCUGGGAAGGCAGUGGGAAGGGAGAGACGGAGGCAGGGGUCAUUGGGAAGAGGACUAAAGGCGCGGAAAAAGGACAGUACAGCAAGCACAGUUGGCUGUGUGAGGAUGGUGAGGGACAGGCCAGGCCAGGCUACUUGGGAGACUACGCUUUGCACGCGUUCAGUUCCUUGUCUCUCGCACCGCCAUAUCACAAUGCCGUGCAUCGUCUGCCUCUCCACUCGCUCCUCCCUCCACCAUGCACCCCAUCCCCUUGCUCAUCUCCCGCCAACCACACCCGUGCAGGCACAGUGAGUGCGCUGGUGUAUCAGGGCGUCAACAGCCCUGCCCUGCGCCUCGCCUUCCGCCCCUCCCCAGCCUCGCCUCUCACCUUCCCCCCUGACUCACCUCUCAGCAUUUCCUCGCCUGCCUCCUCGGGUGAUGAGGGGACAGACAGGGCCUUUCGUGGAAGGGGGGGUGGUAAGGUGGGAGACGGGCGUGAGGGAGGGCGAGGAGGGGGUGGAAAGGGGAAGAGGCAGGUGGAUUGGGGGCGAAGGGAGAGGCUAGAUGUGGAGUGCAGCGAGGUGUGGGAGGAGGUGGAUGAAGUCACGCCUCUUGAUCUCGCAGCUGCUGACAUCGUGCUGGUGUCAUACGAAACACUUAGUGGCGACAUCUGGCACGAUGGGCCCACAAGAGUGUUGCGGCAUAAGAAGAGGUACGAGACCCGCCCCACACCCCUCACACGCCUGCACUGGUGGCGGGUGUGUCUGGACGAGGCGCAGCUGGUGGAGGGCGGAACCUCCAGAGCAGCAGUCAUGGCGGCCCGCCUGUCUGCGCAGCACCGGUGGUGCGUGUCGGGCACUCCCAUUCAGAAGGGCCUGCCGGACCUGCAGAGCUUGCUUCGGUUCCUCCGAGCCUCGCCGUUUGACCUGCCACAGUGGUGGUGCGAUUUUUUCGAGAAACCUAUUGAGCAUGGAUGCGUGCCAGCGUGGCACUCCCUCCUGGCCCUCAUGUCGCAGCUGAUGUGGCGCCAUAACAAGGCUGACGUGGCGGACGAGCUGGCGCUGCCACCUCAGCGGCAGCUGCUGACAGUGCUGCGGUUCAGCGCCAUCGAGGCGCACUUCUACCGCCAGCAGCACGCCAAGUGCGCCCAGCGCGCGAAACACGUCCUCAGAUUAGGGGAGCGAGGGGGAGGGAGGGCAGGACCGGGCAGAGGCGGAGCUGGGGAUGGGGAUGGAGAGGAGGAGGUUCAAGGAGGGGAGCGGCAGCAGCAGCAGUCGCUGCGGUCGCUGCUGCCGUCGAGUGCGUGCCGUGCCGACCUCAACAGUUUCCUGGCGUCGCUGCUGCUGCUGCGCCAGGCCUGCUGCCACCCCCAGGUUGGCUCGGGCGGGCUACGGCGUUUAAACUCCGAGCGACCCAUGCACAUGGAUGAAGUGCGGCAGGUGUGUCCCAUGCACAUGGAUGAAGUGCGGCAGGUGUGUCCCAUGCACAUGGAUGAAGUGCGGCAGGUGUGUCCCAUGCACAUGGAUGAAGUGCGGCAGGUGUGUCCCAUGCACAUGAAUGAAGUGCGGCAGGUGUGUCCCAUGCACAUGGAUGAAGUGCGGCAGGUGUGUCCCAUGCACAUGGAUGAAGUGCGGCAGGUGUGUCCCAUGCACAUGGAUGAAGUGCGGCAGGUGUGUCCCAUGCACAUGGAUGAAGUGCGGCAGGUGUGUCCCAUGCACAUGGAUGAAGUGCGGCAGGUGUGUCCCAUGCACAUGGAUGAAGUGCGGCAGGUGUGUCCCAUGCACAUGGAUGAAGUGCGGCAGGUGUGUCCCAUGCACAUGGAUGAAGUGCGGCAGGUGUGUCCCAUGCACAUGGAUGAAGUGCGGCAGGUGUGUCCCAUGCACAUGGAUGAAGUGCGGCAGGUGUGUCCCAUGCACAUGGAUGAAGUGCGGCAGGUGUGUCCCAUGCACAUGGAUGAAGUGCGGCAGGUGUGUCCCAUGCACAUGGAUGAAGUGCGGCAGGUGUGUCCCAUGCACAUGGAUGAAGUGCGGCAGGUGUGUCCCAUGCACAUGGAUGAAGUGCGGCAGGUGUGUCCCAUGCACAUGGAUGAAGUGCGGCAGGUGUGUCCCAUGCACAUGGAUGAAGUGCGGCAGGUGUGUCCCAUGCACAUGGAUGAAGUGCGGCAGGUGUGUCCCAUGCACAUGGAUGAAGUGCGGCAGGUGUGUCCCAUGCACAUGGAUGAAGUGCGGCAGGUGUGUCCCAUGCACAUGGAUGAAGUGCGGCAGGUGUGUCCCAUGCACAUGGAUGAAGUGCGGCAGGUGUGUCCCAUGCACAUGGAUGAAGUGCGGCAGGUGUGUCCCAUGCACAUGGAUGAAGUGCGGCAGGUGUGUCCCAUGCACAUGGAUGAAGUGCGGCAGGUGUGUCCCAUGCACAUGGAUGAAGUGCGGCAGGUGUGUCCCAUGCACAUGGAUGAAGUGCGGCAGGUGUGUCCCAUGCACAUGGAAGAAGUGCGGCAGGUGUGUCCCAUGCACAUGGAUGAAGUGCGGCAGGUGUGUCCCAUGCACAUGGAUGAAGUGCGGCAGGUGUGUCCCAUGCACAUGGAUGAAGUGCGGCAGGUGUGUCCCAUGCACAUGGAUGAAGUGCGGCAGGUGUGUCCCAUGCACAUGGAUGAAGUGCGGCAGGUGUGUCCCAUGCACAUGGAUGAAGUGCGGCAGGUGUGUCCCAUGCACAUGGAUGAAGUGCGGCAGGUGUGUCCCAUGCACAUGGAUGAAGUGCGGCAGGUGUGUCCCAUGCACAUGGAUGAAGUGCGGCAGGUGUGUCCCAUGCACAUGGAUGAAGUGCGGCAGGUGUGUCCCAUGCACAUGGAUGAAGUGCGGCAGGUGUGUCCCAUGCACAUGGAUGAGGUUCGGCAGGUGCUGUUGGAGAAGGCACGUGUGGAGGCGGAGGAAUCCCAGCGUCUCCUCAUCUCCGCCCUCAACGGCCUCGCUGCUCUCGCCGCCAUCCACGCUCCCACCCUCCCCCUCCUCUCCUCCUCCUCGCCCCCCUCCGCUGCUUCUGCCCACCACUCUUUUGAGAACAUCGCCCAGUGGGGGCCCGGGGCAGAGCAGGCCGUGGGGCUUCACCGCGAUGCUUUGCGAGUCUUGGAUGAAAAUGAGGAUGGGGCACAGCAAGUGAAUGGCGAUGGGGAUCGGAAUGAAGACGGGCAUGAUGGCGACGCAGGUGGAGCGAGUGGGUCUCUCUCUGCGCCUCACUGCGCUCGCCAGCGCAACGCCCUCCUGCAGCGCCUGCACGUGCUGCACAACCUGCACUCGCUGCUCGCCCUGCUGCACCACGCCAAGGGAGGAGGCCAGGGGCACGGUGGUGGAGCGCGGAGCAAGAAGGGGUGCAGUUCGGUGGAGUUAGGUGGCAAUGGAGCAGGUGUGGUUGUCGCACGGACAGCGAGGGAGGAGAGGCUGGAAGGGGAGAUGGAGGAGGUGAUGCGGAGGUAUGUGGCUCCUUACAGGGCGCGCGCUGCUGCUGCCAAGAAGGCCUUCGAGGAUGUGCGCUCACAGGCACAUGUCUACAUCCCGCACGUGCAGGUGGAAGCCCAUGGGGCAUCAGCUCUCCUCUCCACCUCCUCCUCGCGUUCAUGGCUCGCUCUCCUCGCAGCACUGCGGUCUUCUGUGCCCCCAGUGCGCACACACAGCAUCAUCUCUCACUUGCAGCGCACGCUACUGGAUGAUGAUAACUGCAGCAGGCUAGAGACGAUGAACAUGGCCAGCCUUGCUCUCAGCUUCCCCACGCUGCACGGCCUGCUGGUUGCGCUGGGAGAGGAAGUGGCCAGGCUGAUGGGAAGCAGGCAGGAAGUGCUGCAGCGAGUGGUGGACGCGGGCGGUAGGGUGGACGUUGAGGGCGUGGGGGGCAGUCUGGUGGCGCAGGCAGGCUCGUGUGCUCGCUGCAGUGCGGGGCAGGAGGAGAAGGGCGGGGCUGAGGAUUAUGAGGCUGAGGAGGGCGCGACUGAGGAGGGCGGGGAUGAGGAUGGAGGGGCUGAGGGUGUUUUGGCGAGUGGAGUGGUUGGUGCGAGGGGAGCAGAUGGGGGGAAAGGCAGUGAGCUCUGCAUGCUUUGCCAGGCGCAGGACGUGUUUGAGGUGAGAUGGAUGGGUGUGCAAUCAGACGGGCACCAGGAUACAGGUGGGGGCGCAGGGAGGCGGGAGGUCGGAGCUCGCCUCAUCCUUGUAGGCGUUUCUUUCUUUCACGACAGCCUCUCUCAAGCCCAUUUCGCUGCUUCCUCUUAUGGAUCUGAACGUUACGGCCGUCGUCUUAUCCAGCUACAACUCUCAUCAGCCCCUCCAUCCCUCUCCUCCUCCUCCCAUCUCACUCAACCUCUCCACCCUACCUUCACGAGCUCUCCUGCUCCCUCUACAUCUCGCGGCCCCAUUUCCAUCUCCCAAUCGGCACUGGAAGUGCGCAAUACCCCACAGGUUCCAGCCACAGCAGCAGGGCGGCAGGACGCGAAGGGGAGGGGCACCAGGGUCAGCAGGAGAGGGGGAAAGGGAGGUGCAGGGGAGGAAGAAGAGGGAGGGGGUUCGGUGGAGUGGAAACCAGCAGACACUGCAAGGUGUUUGGCUAUUCUGCCUUGGGUGCUUGCAUCAUUGCCUGAUGGCACCAUUGGAGACAAGGACCGGGGCGUUCUGGGAGCUGCAGCAUCCCGCACUUUGGAAGCUUUGAAGGCAAUGCAGAAUGAGUUCCGGUUGGCCCGAGCUUGGGCCAAGGCCCAGCGGGCUGUGCUGCGCGCAUUGCACAGAGUGCAAGUAGCCGCCAAGCGCGCCUGCCCCUUGCGCCAAGUGGACGAAUCACGUGCUGCCAGCUCACCAAUGGACAUGGCACGUACGCGGCGCACUAAGGAGAGGCUGGCAGCGAAGGCUCAGCUUGAGGAUGCCCAGGGAAGGCUGAGGUUCCUGCGGUUGCUGUCGGAAGAGAGGAAGGCGGGGAAGGGGAAGCAUGUGGCUGAUGGGGUUGAGGAAGGGGAGGAAGUGGCAGGGAGUGGGGAGAAGGGGAUGGGAGAAGGGGAAGAAGAGGAGAUCUGUGUGGUGUGCAGGGAGCCGUUUACGAACAAGUUCUCAGUCUUCCCAUGCUUCCAUGUGCUGUGCUGUGACUGCACACAGCUGCUGGUGAUAAGGGCCUCUUCAGUGCCGUCUGCAACCAGCACCAUCACGGGCAGUGCUGCUGGCAGCAGCAGGGAGCCGCGAGUCCAGUGCCCCAUGUGCCGCAGGGAGGCAGUAGCAUCGGAGAUACGAGACGUGGACAACACCACCCGCAGCAAUCGCACAGCCUUUUUCAAGUCCCCUGCUGCUAGUGCUGCUGCUGCUGCUGCUGCUGCUAGUUCUGCUGCUGCUGCUGCUAGUUCUGCUGCUGCUGGUGCGGAUGCGAAUCCGUGGCUGGAUAAGGGUGCUGCAGGGAGGGAGGGAGAGGAGGAGAUGGUGUCGGAUAAGGUGCAGAUGCGCGAGAAAGAGAUGAGUCUCUGCACGGACUAUGGAACAAAGCUGGAUGCAGUGACGCGCCGAGUGUUAAAUAUCCUGUGCUCGGACCCAUCGGCCAGAGUCAUAGUGUUGAGCGCGUGGAGGGACAUGCUAGUCCUCAUCGCCCAUUGCCUGCAUGCCAAUGGCGUCCCCACUGCCUCCGCCUUUAAACCGCGGGAGGUGCCUUCUGCAUUGGAGUGCUUCACAUCAUCCAUUCGCCCACCAGCCAUUUCCGCUAGUGGCAGUGGAGCAGGGGGUAGUGCAAGGUGUCGUGUGCUGCUGCUGGUUGUGGCGGUGGGGGGGAACGGGCUGAACGUGGUGGAGGCACAGCACGUGGUGUUUGUGGAGCCGGGGCUCAAUGCGGCCGCCGAGGCGCAGGCUGCCAACCGCGUGCACCGCAUCGGCCAGACCCGCCAGACCUUUGUGCACCGCUUCAUUGGUCUCAGAAAGGCUGGGAUGGGCAAGAGGAACAAAGGGCGCGGCGGACAGCGGAACCAGCAGCCCGCUCAGCACCGCCAGGUGCUGCCGCAGCCGCAGUGUCAGCAGCAGGCGCAGCAAGGGGAGGCGGACGGAAAGGCGGAGGAUGGGAAGAUGGAGGAUUCCGCGAGCUGCGCUGCGCAGAACGCGUCGCAGCAGCAAGGCUGCGGUGAAGAUGGGGUUGUGGCGGCCGUGCCAGUGCCCGUUGACGCCAACCCGCCUAGCAACGUGCCCGUGGCAGCAGCUCUCCGGGGGUGCAACGAGGAGGGCAUGGGGGGUGAAGACGCGGUGGCGGGGGGCAGUGGUGGUGAGGGAGUGAUGGAGGGCGUGGCGUGGCAGUGGCGGCAGCUGCAGGCCAGCAUGGCGCAGCAGAUCGACACCAUGGCGGCACAGCAAGCAGCGGUGGCAGCCAGAGAGGCAGCCGUGGGGGAGAGGGAGGAAGGGGUGACGCAGAGGGAGGAGCGAGUGAGGGCGAGGGAGGAAAGGGUGAAGGAGAGGGAGGAGAAAGUGAGGGUGCGGGAGGAGAAGGUGAGGGCGCAAGAGGUGGAGUGGCAGAAGCAGAGAGGCGCGGCUGCUGUGGCUGCCACGACUUCUGGUGGCGGAAAAGUGGCUUCACAGGCGAAGAUGGCUGAUCUGUGCUGCAGGGAGAAGCAGCUACAGGCAAACCAGGCAGCGGUGGCGGCGCAGCAGAGGCAGGUGUUUGAGGUGGAGCGGGAGCUGGCGGGGCGGGAGAGGGCUCUGCAGCAGGCCUGGGCGCAGCACCGCCUGCACCUGCAGGCCCUUGGGUGGACUGCGGCACAAGGGGGCGGGGCGCAGGGGCAGGCGCAGGGGCAGGGGCAGGGGCAGGGGCAGGGGCAGGGGCAGGGGCAGGGGCAGGGGCAGGGGCAGGGGCAGGGGCAGGGGCAGGGGCAGGGGCAGGGGCAGGGGCAGGGGCAGGGGCAGGGGCAGGGGCAGGGGCAGGGGCAAGGGCAGGGGCAGGGGCAAGGGCAGGGGCAGGGGCAAGGGCAUGGGCAGGGGCAGGGGCAGGGGCAGGGGGGACAGGGAUUGCAACAAGAGAAGGAACAAGGGGGCGCGGCAGUAGCGGUUGUAGGGAAAGGGGAGGAGCAGGUGGGAGAAAAAGGGUCGGGAAUGGCCAGAGAAGCUGCUGCAGGUGGUGCUGCAGAGGAAGGGGACGAGGAGCAGAGGAAGGUUGGGGAGGUUGACGUGGAGUCAAACGCAGGAGGAGGGAGGGAUGCAGUUGGGGAUGGCAAGGAAGGUGUGGGAGGCGUCAGGGGUGCCGCAGAGGGAGGAGGGGUCGAUGGGGGAGAGACGGAAGAAGAAAUGAAGGAGGAGAUGAGGCUGGGAGGUGAGGGUAGAGCUGUGACGGGGGGUGAAGCUGGGAGAUGGGGAGAGGAAGUAUCGAACAGGGUAAAAGAGGAGAGUUGGGUGGACGGGGAGAAGGCCGAAUUGAGAGAAAGAUUUGAGGAGGGAUGGGGUGGGGGAGGGGAAGGUGCAUGGGGAAGUGAACAAGAGGAGGAAUCAGGAGGUGAGAGAAAGAGAUGGAGAGGGGGAGGAGAGGGAGGAUGGGGAGAGGAUGGGGAGGGGAGAUUUGGAGGAGGAAGCGAGGGUAGACGCGGAUUGGGAGGUGGGGAAAAUCAGUGCGGAAGGGAAGGGAGCGGGGAGCGAUGGGGAGGGAGGGAUGGUUCGUGUGCAGAGGGGAGGUCAGGAUGGCGCAUGGGGGAGAGUGGCUUGGCGCCAGGGCGGGGCGAGGGGCAGCAGAAUGGGGAACAGCAAAGCGGGGAGCAGCAGAGGGGGGAGCAGCAGGGCGGGGGUGGGUGGGAGGGGGGUGCGGAUGCGGGAAGGCCAGGGGAGAAUGGGAGGAAGAAGAGGAGGGCCAAGGCGAAGAGGCAGAGGCAGGAGCAGCUGCUCUCGUGUGGGCUCAACUGGGGUCGUGCAGGCGCAAGCGGGCAAGGUGAGGUGUUCACAGGAGGUCAUGCUCCUGGCCCUCCUCCUCCUGCUCCUGGUGCUGCUGAUAAUCUCCCCCUGGCGUUGCCAGCUCCCCUUCCUGCAGCGCCAGUGUUGCCAGGUGGCAGUUCGAGGGACGGCAGAGGAGGAGGGCCCCAGGCAGGGGGAGGGGACGGGAGAGAAGGGGAAGGGGCGAGGUUGGAGUCACGUAGGGAGGGGUUGGGGCAGGAGGGAGGGCGUUUAGCUUGGGGGGAGCAGAGAAGCCCAAAGCAGGAGACGGAGGAGUGGGAAGGGUUGCGAAUGGGCGUAGUGAGUGAUGGUGAUGCUGGCAGGAUGCUGCUGAACAGUGGUGCUGCUGCUGAUGCUGGAGCCUCUGGACCAGGAGCAGCAGAAGGAGGAGUAAGGGGAGGAGCAGCAACAACGCGAGCAGAAACGAAGGUUGAAGCAGUGGUGACUACAGAAGCAGGUACAGCACAGGCAGCAGCAGUGGCAAGUGCAGACGUGGCAGCAGGUGUGGGGACGGGCGUGCAAGAGUGCAGGGUGGUGGUGAAAACGGAGGCCGUGGGCGGGGAUGCAGAGAUGCAGGGAGGAGGCUGUGAGGGCUGGAUGUGGGAUGGGUGUGGUGGAGGUGUGGCGGGAAUAAGGCAAGGAUUGGGAGCACCUUCUCCACCUUUUCCCUUUCUCUCCCCGCCCGGCCCAUCCUCCCCUGCCCCCCUCUCACCUCCUUUCUCCCUCUCCUCUUGCCGCCCUCUACCCCCACCAAUCAGCCACGGCACAGCAGCGGAAGCGCUGGACCACGGCACAGCAGCAGAAGCGCUGGAGUCAGACGGACCGGGGCUGCUGCAGGUGCUGCAGCAGAGGGGGCUGCUGCGCGGCAUCCAGCUCUUCGACCUCGCCUUCAUGCGCUCAGCAGGAACAGCAGAACCACCAGAAGCAGCAGCAGCAGAAGCAGCACCAACCGGCGGCAGGGAGGAGGAGCCGCACACUGCCCCCCACGCUGCUCUCCUCCCCUCUCAGAGGGCCGAGCCGGGGGACGGGGUCGGUGGGGCUGAUGUGAGCUGCGGCAACGGGAUGGUGGAGCAGAGGGGGGAGAUAGGGGUGGAUGGGGUGGAUAGGGUGGAUGGUGUGGAUGGGGUGGAUGGCGAGGGGCAGGCAGGGUGUAAGAGGGAGUGGGAUGAGGGAGGGGUGGGUGCUGGGCCUGGCGUUUGGACAGAGCUUGAGUGCACGCAUUCUGGUGAUGCUGUGGCGAUGCCUCAAGCAGCAGCAGCAGCAGCAGCAGCAGCAGCAGGAGGAGGAUCAGGAGCAGGAGAAGCAGCAUCAGCGCCAGUGGCAGUGCCCUCUGACUUCUCCGACCUGCAGAGGAUUCUGUCCAGGGUGUGUGCUGCUGCCUGCCUGCUGUUUGAAUCGACUCAAAAAGGAAGGGCGAAGGGUGGAGCAGCAGGGUGGAAUCGCCUGGCGUACUGCGCAUGCGGUGCAGCAGGCAGGGUGGCAGGUGUCGUGGGGCUGGUGUGGUGUGGGGCCAACCGUUUUCUUCCCCCCUUUCCGCCUGCUUCCCCCCACCUUUUUCCGCACCCUAUCUCCCCGCAGGCGCACGCGGUGCAGCAGGCAGGGUGGCAGGUGUCGUGGGGCUGGUGUGGGGCCAUCCGCUGCUUCCUCUUUGUCUUCCCAGACCACAACAGGAUCAUAUUGGAGGCGCCAGAGUACGGCAAGGCGACCUACUUCUUUGAGCUGGAAGCGGGGGUGGCGGUGCGCUGGCAGCUGCAGCGCCUGCUCGCUGUCUUUGGCGCCGCCUCUGUGUCGCGCAUCGACGUCAUCACCAACCUGCCUCUCGAGUGUCUCUUCCUUUCUUCCCCUCAGGUGGGAGUGGACCUAUCAGAGGAGGAGGCGGGGCGGUUGGAGCGGUACGGGUGGGUGCGGGGCACGGGCAUCGGCGAGCUGCUCAACUUCUGCCACCGCCUCCGCCACGACUACUCCUUCCCUGGCGUGGGGCAACGGAGCUCGGAGGAGGGGCGAGAGGGUGAGAGAGGGGGAGGCGGGGAUGGGGAGGGGAGAGGAGAGGGGAAGGGAGGGAAGAAAAAGGGGUGGAGGAAGCGGGGAGUGCGGUUUGCAGUGGUGGAGAGGGAAGAGGCGUGCCACCCUGUGCUGGCUGCAGCAGAGGAGGCAGAGAGGGAGAGGGAGAGGAGGGAGAGGGAGGAGAGGGAGAUGAGAGAGCAGGAGGAGAGGAAAGGAGGGGAUGAGGAGGUGGGAGGUAGAGGAGAGUGCGCAGGGGAGAGUGAGGAGCAGGCAGAGCUGGAACGACAGCUCCGUCAAUACGAGCAGAGACAGCAGCAGCAACAAAAGUCGGAAGCAGAUGGAAAUGAAGCUGACAGGAAAGUAGGUGGGUCUGAACCACUGACUCACCACCCUGCCGAGCCUAGAUGCCAGCCACCGCAGCACAAGCCUGAUUCCGAACCUGCCAGACUCGAUUCCGAGCCCGAGCCUGCGUGCAGAGUGGAGGCAGCAGGGUGGGUGCAGAGCAUAGAGGAGUGGAAGAGGCGCAUUGCCCUGCGGCUGAGGGAGGGGCGGCAGCAGGGCCGGUGCUCCCGCCUGCACCACUACUGCCAGCAGCGUGCCUCACAGCACACUCAUGCUCUCAAGAGUGAUGGGCAUGGGGUGUUGGAGGCGAGCAGAGGGCCUGUUGGGGCCGCUGUGAUGCAGUCAACUCAGAAGUUCCCAGAAACCGCUGUAGCAGCUGGAGUCACUCCUAUGGCUGCCCCACUGCAGCAGAUUGACUGUGAUCUUGCUCAACACUCGCCGCAGCAUGAGAAGCAGCAGCGGCAACAGCAAGCGCAAAACCCGCAGCAGCAGCAGCUGCAAGCGCAAAAUCCGCAGCAGCAGGGUGCAGUGAAAGAGGAGGAUUCUGAUGGCGACCUUCCCUUGCAGGCCCUUGUGCGGCAGCACCAGCAGAAAAAGACAAGGCGCGAGCAGACGCAGCAGCAAGGGCAGAAGAAGGUUGAUGGGAGGCAGGAAGGGAAAGAACAAGAACGUGAUGCUGCAGGCAAGAAUACCGGAAGCAGGGGUGCAUUGGGGAGCACAGGAGGUGCCUGUAAGCACCAAGGACUGCUGUUGCAGAGGCCGAGUGAGAGUGUAGCACUUGGUGCUACAGUGACCCGUGCAGUUGGUGCUACGGCUGCAGCAAUAGGUGGUGUGGUGCACGUGAUAGGGAGUUCAGUUCACAGCGUGACAGGCAGUGCUGCAGGUGCAGACAGCAAAAGCAAUGUGUUGUGCCAGAGAACGGAAGAGGCUGGAGACAAAGAGGGCGUUGACGGCGCCCAUGAUGAGGCACAGGGGCUGCUUAUAGCGGGAAUGGAGGCUUGGGAAGGGGUGGAUGCAAGGGGUCCUCUGGACGAGUGGGUGGAGGAGGAGGAGGAGGAGGGAGUGAUGGGUGGAGAGGUGGAAAUGGCAGGUGAAGGAGAAAUGGGAGAGGGCGGUGGGGAGAUGGAGGGGCUGGCGAUGCAGGCUGGGAUGUGCAUGGCAGCAAAUGUCGUGGUUUGA